UACCAACAACUCCCCUCUCAUUUCUCAACUCCAAAACUUUCAAACGCUCAAAAACCAUUCACAGAUCAAAGCCUUCUUCAUCUUCUUCUUCGAUUGCUUUUCCCAUCUAAUCAAGGUUAAGCUCUAUAGUUCUUCUACAAGAUCGCCAUGGACAACGAGAUCGAUGUUCCUUCGUUCUUCGUCUGCCCCAUUUCCUUAGAAAUCAUGAAGGAUCCGGUGACGGUCUCAACGGGCAUCACCUACGACCGUGAAAGCAUCGAAACGUGGCUGUUUUCCAAGAAAAAUACCACAUGCCCCGUCACCAAACAACCCUUGAUGGAUUACACCGAUCUCACCCCUAACCACACUCUUCGGAGACUCAUCCAAGCCUGGUGUACCAUGAACGCUUCUCACGGCAUCGAAAGGAUCCCAACUCCAAAACCUCCCGUUAACAGGACACAGAUUACCAAGCUUCUCAAAGACGCUUCUCACUCCCCUCUCGUAUGCCUACGAAGACUCAAAUCCAUCGCUUCAGGAAGCGAGACAAAUAAGCGAUGCAUGGAGGCUGCGGGUGCUGUUGAGUUCCUCGCAUCCAUUGUAAUGAACAACAACAGCAACAGCAACGAUUCUUCAAAUGGGGCUGACCCAAAUGAUGGAUCUGGAUUCGAGUUGAAAACAACUGCAAGCGAUGAAGCAUUGAGCCUGCUUCACACGCUUGAUUUAACUGAACAAGGGUUGAAGACUCUUCUUGGCUUCAGAAACGGAGAUUUUAUUGACUCUUUGACGAGAGUCAUGCAGAAAGGGUUCUUUGAAUCACGCGCUUAUGCAGUUUUCUUGUUGAAAUCUAUGUCUGAAGUGGCUGAUCCAGUGCAACUGUUGCAUCUAAGACAAGAAAUUUUCGUGGAACUAGUACAAGUCUUGAGGGAUCAGAUUUCAACGAAGACAUCAAAGGAUAUCCUUCAAACCUUAAUCCAAUUCUCUCCUUGGGGGAGGAACAGGGUCAAGGCUGUGGAAGCAGGAGCAGUGCCUGUUUUGAUAGAGCUUCUUCUGGAUUGCAAGGAUAGAAAGCCUUGCGAGAUGAUGCUGGUGCUGUUGGAGAUACUAUGCCAGUGUGCGGAGGGAAGAGCAGAACUAUUGAGUCAUGGAGCAGGUCUUGCCAUUGUUUCAAAGAAGAUUCUAAGAGUUUCGACAUUGGCGAAUGAUAGGGCUGUUAGGAUUCUUCUUUCUGUCUCCAAGUUCUCUGCGACUCCACACGUUGUUCAAGAGAUGCUGAAACUGGGUGUGGCAGCGAAACUGUGCUUGGUGCUUCAGGUGGAUAGCGGAAACAAGGCCAAGGAAAAGGCAAGAGAGAUACUCAAGUUGCAUGCUCGGGCGUGGAAGAAUACUCCAUGCAUACCCAACAAUUUGCUUUCUUCAUACCCGGCUUAUGCGUGAAACCAUUGAUAGAGAAUUUUGAAACAUAUAUACCUCUUUUACAAUUUUUUAUGUACAGACACAACACAGUUAGGUUCAAGUUAUACAUAUUAGCAUA